GCAGUUAGUACUUUAUAGCGUACAUAAAUUGAGUAUCGAUUGAGCCAGGUGGUCCACUAAUGUGAUUUUGCUGUGAUUUUUGGAAGCAAGAUGGCGUUUUUCGAGGUUUUGGUGGUGGUGCUCUUGACUACCAGCGAAACGUGGUCUAAGAACAUAGAAGGCAAACCAAAGAUAUCAGAGUUACUGGAAAAUGGCGGUAUAAAGGAAAGUCCAUCCCAUGGAAAAGGUAUCAAACGAGGAAUUUACAGUAGUGGGUAUGGUGUUAGCGGCCACGGGUCUUUGGGCUAUCCAGGUAUUGGAUACACAGCGCAUUCAGGAUUAGGUGUGUCUGGUAUUUCUGCUCCAGCCGUGUCAGCUAUUGGUUCAGUACCAGCAGUUGGUGCAUUACCAGUGACGAGCUAUGGGUCAGCACCAGUAGUUUCCGCUCCCGUCGCGAUUUCUGCUCCCAUAGCCGUUUCCGCGCCGGCUGUAGCUCCGGCUGUCCACACGUCAGUCUCCGUCGAACCAAACCCUGUGAUUCUCCGCCAGGAAAUACCUCGGUAUAUCACUCGCACGAUAACCAGAGACGUUCAAGUCCCAGUGCAAGUUCCCGUCCCAGUACCAGUGGAACGGCAAGUACCCGUGCCGGUACAAGUGCCAGUGCCGGUCCCUGUCGACCGCCCAGUCCCUGUCAUUCACAAGGUCCCAGUAGAAAUAACAAGACAAGUUCCCGUGUACUACGAGAAGAAAGUGCCAUAUCCCGUCAAAGUGCCCGUGCAAGUAUCUGUGCCGGUGCCGGUACCGGUUGAGAAACAUAUACCAGUGGACCGUCCGGUUUAUAUAGACCGGCCCGUUCCCGUGCCGCAGCCGGUCUACGUUGAUAGGCCGGUGAAAGUCCCGGUGCCUGUUCCUGUUGAUAGACCAUACCCUGUGCCUCAGCCCGUUGUGGUAGAUCGUCCGGUGUCGGUGCCGCAUCCGGUAGUGGUUGAGAGGAAGGUGGCGGUGCCGGCGGUGGCCCCAGUCGCCGUGCCCGCCGUCACGGCAGCCGUGCCGGCAAUUCCUUCUGUACCCAUAUCGGCAGUGUCCACAGGAUACGGCUACGGAUCCGUGUCGCCUUCUUAUCUUCCUCCAAGUGGUUAUGGGUAUGGAUCCUCGUUGGAUCAUUCUUUUCUAGGCCAUACCAACUCAAUUGCUUAUCAUAAGUGAUCUACCCGAUUAUGGUACAUUUCGUUUGUUAAUAUUUUAGUUUUACAAAUAUUUUUUACUCAUAAAAAAACUAAGAUUUCGAAAUUUGUUUAAUAAUGUUAAUAUUCAGUAUUAUUUAAUUAGUCAGUUGGACUUUACAGGAGUUUUGUUCGUAGUUGUUUGGUCAUAAAUAUUACCUAAUGUUAUUUUCUACACAUUACGGGAUUUUGUAAUAAAAUACAUAAUUGUAAGUACAACACUUUAUUUACAGUCUAUUGAAAAGUAACUAUAAUACAUAUAUAUUAUUGAACUUUAUUGUUGUAACAAAGUAAAUUUGUCAGGAUAUAUUUAUUUAGAAACGUAAGCCAAUAAA